CCCAUCUCCUUCAGAAACAUCAUCUUAAUGUUAAUAGUUCAUACCGUCUUUUCUCAAGUCCCAACUGUAAUGUAAUGAUACAUCAAACUCAAACUUCCUGCAAUUAAACACCGAGAUUCAGGAGCUAGCUGAGUUCACUCGUCCGAUCCUGAGCGAACUCGGCGAUCAGAAUGAUGCUCGAUCUAGGCCCAUUCUCGGGUGAGAAUUUCGACCCCAAGAAAUGGGUGAACUCGGCGUGUCAGACUCGGCACCCGGAGGACUCAGUUGACAACCAUCUCGUCGAUCUGGAGAUGAGGCUCCAAAUCGUAUCUGAAGAGAUCUCCGCCUCGCUAGAGGAGCAGAGCUCCGCUGCCCUACUUCGCGUGCCACGGGCCACCCGCGAUGUGAUCCGACUCCGCGACGAUGCGGUCUCACUACGCUCCGCCGUCGCCGGAAUCCUUCAGAAGCUCAAGAAGGCUGAAGGAUCAUCAGCCGAAUCUAUAGCUGCUCUGGCCAAAGUUGAUACUGUUAAGCAGAGAAUGGAAGCUGCUUAUGAGACAUUGCAGGAUGCUGCUGGGUUAACUCAAUUAAGUUCAACUGUGGAAGAUGUUUUUGCCAGUGGUGAUCUUCCAAGGGCUGCAGAAACCUUAGCUAACAUGAGGCAUUGCUUGUCUGCUGUUGGGGAGGUUGCUGAAUUUGCUAAUGUGAGAAAGCAACUCGAGGUCCUAGAGGAUAGGCUAGAUGCAAUGGUGCAGCCACGUUUAACAGAUGCAUUAUCCAGCCGGAAGAUAGACAUUGCUCAAAAUUUGCGGGGUAUUCUCAUUCGAAUUGGAAGAUUCAAAUCACUGGAGCUACAUUACACAAAAGUUCACCUAAAGCCCAUAAAGCAGCUCUGGGAAGAUUUCGAUUCAAAACAACGUGCUAUUAAGCUUGCAAAUGAGAAGACUGAAGCUGAAAGGCUGUCAAGCCAUGAGUUUCAAUCAAGUUCUUCGACAAUUUCAUUCGCAAGUUGGUUGCCAAGCUUCUAUGAUGAGUUGAUUCUUUAUCUUGAGCAAGAGUGGAAGUGGUGUAUGGUUGCUUUUCCUGAGGAUUAUAAAACUCUUGUACCAAAGCUACUGAUCGAGACAAUGGCAACUAUUGGAGCAAGCUUUAAUUCACGUAUCAACCUUUCAAUUGGAGAAGUUGUUCCUGAAACAAGAGCUUUGGGAAAAGGUUUAUUAGAUAUUAUGUCUGGUGACAUGCCAAAGGGAAUUAAGAUUCAGAGGAAACAUUUGGAGGCAUUGAUUGAGUUACACAACGUGACACAGACUUUUGCUAGAAAUAUUCAGCAUUCCUUUUCAGAUUCUGAUCUUCGAGUUCUAAUGGAUACACUGAAGGCAGUGUACUCUCCCUUUGAAUCAUUUAAACAAAGGUAUGGACAGAUGGAGCGGGCCAUCCUUUCUUCUGAAAUUGCUGGAGUGGAUCUCAGGGGAGCUGUUACUCGUGGUGUGGGUGCCCAGGGGAUUGAACUCAGUGAAACAGUUCGCAGAAUGGAGGAAUCUAUUCCCCAUAUCAUUGUACUUCUUGAGGCAGCUGUAGAAAGGUGUAUCAACUUUACUGGUGGUUCUGAGGCAGAUGAACUAAUUCUUGCUCUUGAUGACAUAAUGUUACAAUAUAUCUCUGCUUUACAAGAGACACUAAGAUCAUUAAGAGUGGUCUGUGGAGUAGACCAUGAUGGUGUUGGUUCAAAGAAAGAGAUGGGGUCGGACAAGAGAGAUGGCAACACUGCACGAAAAGUUGAAUUGAUUUCAAAUGAGGAGGAAUGGUCCAUUGUUCAAGGGGCUUUGCAGAUCCUCACAGUUUCAGACUGUUUAACUAGCAGGUCCUCUGUUUUUGAAGCUUCCUUGAGAGCUACUCUUGCUAGAUUAAGCACGACUUUGUCUCUGUCAGUAUUUGGUUCAAGUGUGGACCAAAGCCCAUCACAUGUUGGUGAUGACAGUAAUGGAGAAGCAUCUGUGGGUGGAAGGGCUGCCUUGGAUGUGGCAGCAGUGCGGCUUGUUGACAUUCCUGAGAAGGCCCGGAAGCUCUUUAACCUUUUAAGUCAGUCUAAAGAUCCCAGGUUUCAUGCACUUCCUUUGGCAUCUCAAAGAGUCACAGCAUUUGCUGACACAGUAAAUGAACUUGUAUAUGAUGUCCUCAUUUCUAAAGUACGGCAACGCCUAAGUGAUAUUUCCCGUUUGCCAAUAUGGUCCUCUGUGGAGGAGCAAAGUGCCUUCCCUCUCCCAAGUUUCAGUGCUUAUCCUCAGGCCUAUGUUACCAGUGUUGGUGAAUAUUUACUUACUUUACCCCAACAGUUGGAGCCACUUGCAGAGGGAAUUUCCAACAAUGACGCCAACAAUGAUGAGGCCCAGUUCUUUGCAACUGAAUGGAUGUUCAAGGUUGCAGAGGGUGCUACGGCCCUUUACAUGGAGCAAUUGCGGGGAAUACAGUACAUAACGGAUCGUGGUGCACAGCAAUUAUCAGUGGACAUUGAGUAUCUGAGUAAUGUACUCUCUGCUUUAUCAAUGCCAAUUCCACCAGUUCUGGCAACAUUCCACACUUGUCUUUCCACAGCGAGAGAUGAGCUUAAACAACUUGUUAAAUCUGAUUCGGGAAAUCAGCUUGAUCUUUCAACAGCAAAUCUUGUUUGUAAGAUGCGGCGAGUCAAUUUGGAUUAACAAUUUUUGUCUUUCGGAUACAAGAGUUUGCAAUCCCCUACCCUAGGAUACCAGUACAGUGUGCCCCCAAAAUUUGAUCUUAAUUUUCACACAUUCAUUACACCUUUGCUUCUUGAUUGACAAUAUGAUUUACAAGUUUUUAUUCC